UUCUCCGGUUUGGUUUGAAACUUUCCUAAAAGAAUCUAGAUCACCGCAUCUCAGUUCGCUUCAUCAAACGCUAACGGUCCAGUCUCCCACUUUGAUUAGUAUUUGCCCAUACUAGUGUCCUUAUUACAGGACAGAUCUACGAUAUUAGCUCCCAAAUUUCUGAUCUCAGGACUCGAGCAGUCAUCUCUGUAGCUCCAAUUUUCUCUGUAGUUCACAGCAUCAGCAGUGUUGAGUGAAUUUUGCAGAAGAGUUUGGAGAGCUAGAGCGUCGAUUGCGAGAUGGCCGCAGGGGGUUUCUUGAACCGUGCGUUCGAGUCUAUGCUCAAAGAAUGUUCUGGAAAGAAGUACCCUGAUCUUCAAAAGGCUAUCCAGACGUAUUUAGAUAGUGCAAAGGAAGUGAAUAAGCAUUCUGCAUCCAGUAGGUCAAAUCAAGCAUCGUCAUUGGCUGGAGAUGCAAGUUCGCUUGACUCUGAAGGGGAAGCUGCAAAACCUGAAACAGAGUCAGAUUUGUCAUGCACAGAUCAGUAUGCUGCUGAAGAGGCACGGCAGGAUGGCAAGGCAGUGGGUGUCAGUGGAAGCAUUUCAACCGCCUUAGCUAGUGCUGGGUACACCUUAGGGGAAGCUGAUGCAGAGCUUGUCCUAAAUCCUCUUCGUCUAGCGUUUGUAACCAAAAAUAUGAAAAUUCUGGAAGCCGCUUUGGACUGUCUUCAUAAACUUAUUGCCUAUGGUCAUUUAGAGGGAGAUCCAGGUUUAGAUGGCGGUAAAAAUGCCCCACUUUUUACUGAUAUUCUGAACAUGGUAUGCAAUUGUGUUGAUAACUCGUCCUCUGAGAGUACUAUUCUGCAAGUGUUGAAGGUACUUAUAGCUGCUGUGUCAUCCACAAAGUUGAGAGUACAUGGAGAGCCUUUGCUUGCUGUCAUCAGGAUUUGCUACAAUAUUGCUCUUAAUGGCAAGAGCCCUAUGAAUCAAGGUACAUCAAAGGCAAUGCUUACACAGAUGGUUAGCACUGUAUUCAGGAGAAUGGAAAAUGAUCCUGAAAUUCAGGUCAGUAACUUGUCUGCCUCUGGUGGGAGCGUGGAAGGUCCUUCAUUGGAAAAAUCAAACAUGAAAGUUGAAGAGACUUCAUCAAUUGACCAACAUGAGAAAGGAAUGACUUUGGGAGAUGCGCUCAACCUGGCAAAAGAGGCAUCUCUUACAUCAGUUGAUGACCUCCAUAGUCUAGCAGGUGGUGCUGAUAUCAAGGGUCUAGAGGCUGUUCUUGACAAAGCUGUGCAUAUUGAGGAUGGUAAAAAGAUAACACGAGGUAUUGACCUUGAGAGCAUGAGCAUAGGACAACGGGAUACUUUAUUGGUUUUCCGCACCCUUUGCAAGAUGGGAAUGAAGGAAGAUAAUGAUGAAGUCACGACCAAGUCACGUAUUCUAUCUCUUGAGCUUCUGCAGGGUUUAUUAGAAGGGGUUAGCAAGUCAUUUACAAAGAACUUCCAUUUUAUUGAUUCGGUAAAGGCGUAUCUCUCUUACGCUUUGUUGCGGGCUUCAGUUUCUCAGUCUCCUGUCAUUUUCCAGUAUGCAACCAGAAUCUUCUCAGUGCUUUUAUUGCGAUUCAGGGAAAGUCUGAAGGGGGAAAUAGGCAUCUUCUUUCCCUUGAUAGUUUUAAGAUCAUUGGAUAACUUGGAAUGUCCUAUCAAUCAGAAAACAAGUGUUCUGAGUUUUUUCAGGGUGCUGGAGAAAGUUUGUGGGGAUCCUCAGAUGUUGAUUGAUAUGUAUGUCAAUUAUGACUGUGAUCUUGAAGCACCAAAUUUGUUUGAGUGCAUGGUCACCACUCUAUCUAAAAUCACUCAGGGGAUACAAACUGCAGAUCCUAAUUCUGUCUCUGUAUCUCAAAGCAAUUUGGUCAAAGGUUCAUCACUUCAGUGCCUUGUAAACGUGCUCAAGUCACUCGUUGAGUGGGAGAAGUCAUGCAGAGAUUUAGAAAAGCAGAGCAAAAGUUCACAGUCUCUUGAAGAGGAUGUUUCAACUAGAGAAUCUAUUGAGGCAAAAAUAAGGGAUGAUGGUCCAAAUAAUUUUGAGAAGGCAAAGACUCAUAAAUCUACUGUGGAAGCUGCCAUAUCGGAGUUCAACAGGCAUCCAGUAAAAGGCAUUGAGUAUCUGAUAGCUAAUAAGUUGGUUGAAAACAAUUUUGCUUCAGUUGCCCAGUUUUUGCGAAACACUCCAAAUUUGGACAAGGGUAUGAUUGGUGAUUAUUUGGGCCAGCAUGAGGAGUUUCCACUCUCUGUAAUGCAUGCUUAUGUGGACGCCAUGAAAUUUUCAGGCAUGAAGUUCGAUACGGCGAUCCGUGAGUUUCUUAAAGGAUUUCGACUUCCAGGAGAAGCUCAAAAGAUAGAUCGCAUCAUGGAGAAGUUUGCGGAAAGAUAUUGCGCAGACAAUCCAGGUCUUUUCAAAAAUGCAGAUACUGCUUAUGUUCUUGCAUAUGCAGUUAUAUUGCUAAAUACCGAUGCCCAUAACCCAAUGGUGUGGCCUAAGACGUCGAAAUCAGAUUUCAUACGCAUGCAUGCCACCAACGAUGAUGAAGAUUGUGCUCCAACAGAACUCCUAGGAGAAAUUUAUGAUUCUAUCAUUAAGGAAGAGAUAAAAAUGAAAGAUGAGACAGGUAGUGUAGGGAAAGGCAGCAGGCAGAAGCCAUAUGGUGAAGAAAGAGGCGGUCUUGUCAGCAUUCUCAAUCUGGCACUGCCCAAAAGAAACUCAUCAACUGAUGCUAAAUCUGAAAGUGAAUCUAUUAUCAAGAAAACACAAGCGAUAAUCCGGAAUCAGGGAUCAAGAAGAGGCGUUUUCUAUACGGCACAACAGACAGAAAUUGUGAGGCCUAUGGUUGAAGCUGUUGGAUGGCCUUUGCUUGCUACUUUCUCUGUUACAAUGGAGGAAGGUGAAAAUAAGCCGAGAGUUGUUCUCUGCAUGGAAGGAUUCAAUGCUGGAAUACAUAUUACAUAUGUUCUCGGGAUGGAUACCAUGCGCUAUGCUUUUCUAACAUCUCUAGUGAGAUUUACUUUCUUGCAUGCCCCGAAGGAGUUGCGUAGUAAGAAUGUGGAAGCAUUGCGGACUCUACUUGCUCUAUGUGACUCUGAAACUGACUCCCUUCAAGACACAUGGAAUGCAGUUUUGGAAUGUGUUUCUCGGCUUGAAUUCAUCAGGACAACGCCUUCUAUCGCUGCAACUGUCAUGCAUGGAUCAAACCAGAUCUCCCGAGACGCUGUUAUUCAAUCCUUAAAAGAGUUGGCUGGGAAGCCUGCUGAAAAAGCUUUUGUCAACAGUGUGAAGUUGCCCAGUGAAUCUGUUGUGGAAUUUUUUACUGCCCUUUGCGGUGUAUCGGCUGAGGAACUGAAACAAACUCCAGCCCGUGUAUUCAGCUUGCAAAAGCUUGUAGAGAUCAGCUAUUACAAUAUGGCUCGCAUACGAAUGGUGUGGGCUAGAAUAUGGUCUGUCUUGGCAAAUCAUUUUAUUUCUGCUGGGAGCCAUCAUGAUGAGAAAAUUGCUAUGUAUGCCAUAGAUUCACUAAGGCAACUUGGUAUGAAAUAUCUUGAGCAUGCUGAACUUUCCAACUUCACAUUUCAAAAUGACAUCCUCAAGCCAUUUGUUAUUCUUAUGAGGAAUAGUCGAAGUGAAUCCAUAAGGAGCCUAAUUGUUGACUGCAUUGUUCAAAUGAUAAAAUCUAAAGUACGAAGCAUAAAAUCUGGAUGGCGCAGUGUUUUUAUGAUUUUUACGGCAGCUGCGGAUGAUGAUUUUGAAUCCAUUGUGGAAAGUGCAUUUGAAAAUGUUGAGCAGGUUAUAUUGGAACACUUUGAUAAAGUAGUUGCGGAUUGUUUCAUGGAUUGUGUCAACUGCCUUAUCCGAUUUGCUAAUAAUAAGACUUCUCACCGCAUAAGUCUGAAGGCUAUUGCUCUUCUUCGUAUAUGUGAGGAUCGCCUAGCAGAGGGUCUUAUUCCCGGUGGUGCUUUGAAGCCUAUUGAUACUACUGUAGAUGAAACUUUUGAUGUGACUGAGUACUAUUGGUUCCCUAUGCUGGCUGGCUUGUCUGAUCUGACAUCAGAUCCAAGACCUGAGGUCAGAAGUUGUGCCCUAGAAGUGUUGUUUGAUUUGCUGAAUGAAAGAGGUCACAAGUUCUCCUCGUCAUUUUGGGAGAGUAUUUUCCACCGGGUACUGUUUCCCAUUUUUGAUCAAGUGAGACAUGCUGGGAAGGAAAGCUUGGUUUCUUCGGGAGAUGAAUGGUUUCGUGAAACCAGUAUUCACUCACUUCAGUUGCUGUGCGAUCUUUUUAACACAUUCUACAAGGAAGUAUGCUUUAUGCUGCCACCACUAUUGAGUUUGCUGUUGGACUGCGCAAAAAAGACAGAUCAAACUGUGGUUUCAAUAUCUCUGGGUGCAUUGGUGCAUCUCAUUGAAGUUGGAGGGCACCAAUUCAGUGAGAGUGACUGGGAGAUGCUGUUGAAAAGCAUAAGGGAUGCUUCAUACACAACCCAACCGCUUGAGCUGCUCAAUGCAUUGGGUUUUGAGAACCCAAUGCCUUCUGUUAAGUCAGAUGCUGAUGGGGAAGUAAAUAACCAUCGAUUGGAAGUUGGUGACAAUGGAUACAUAACUCCGCGAGCAUCCCCACGUGCUGUAGUAGUGCAGACUGAUUUGAAUGGGUCAGAAGGUAUGCCAUCGCCAUCAAAAACUGCUUCUGAUUCCGUGGGCCUUCAAAAGACUCAAUCUAUUAGUCAGAAAUUUAUGGCAAACAUGAUGGACAACAUAUUUCUUCGACGUGCCUCUAAACCUGAUAAUCAUAUUUCAGAUACUUCGGUAUCCUCUUCUCCUGCUAAGGUUUCUGAUGCUGCGGAGAAUGAUGUGAAAGAAGAAGAGGAAAGUCCACUAAUGGGAACUGUUAGGGGCAAAUGCAUCACUCAAUUAUUACUUCUUGUUGCCAUUGAUAGUAUUCAGAGGAAGUACUGGAGCAAGUUGAAAGCACCACAAAAGAUGGCUGUAAUGGACAUUUUGUUAUCUUUGUUAGAGUUUACCACAUCAUAUAAUUCAUUUUCCAACCUCAGAGUUCGUAUGAACCACAUUCCUGUUGACAGGCCUCCCCUUAAUCUCCUUCGCCAGGAAUUAGUAGGAACUGGCAUAUAUAUGGAUGUCUUACAGAAAACAACUUUAGGAAUUUCUGCCAGCAAUGAGCAAAAUGUGGAGUCCAAUGGCUCUCAGGAUGUCAAAACGGAUUCAAGCACAUCGGAAGAUCCCCAUGUGGAAGAGAAAUUUCAAAGAACAGCAGAGGAGAAAUUGGUAUCUUUCUGUGAGCAGGUGCUCAGGGAUGCAUCUGAUCUCCAGUCCAGUGUAGGGGAGACUACUAAUAUGGAAAUUCAUCGAGUUCUGGAGCUACGUUCUCCAAUCAUUGUUAAGGUGCUUAAAGGCAUGUGCUUUAUGAACCAUCAGAUUUUCAGAAGACACCUGAUGGAUUUCUAUCCCUUGCUUACAAAGCUUGUUUGCUAUGACCAGAUGGAUGUUCGAGGAGCACUUGGUGAUCUGUUUAGGGUGCAAUUGACGGCUCUCUUACCUUAAUAAUUUUCAAGCUUACUUGGCCAAUUUUCUCCUAAAGAAAUAAUUUUCAACCUCGCUAUCCAGGCUAGUUCUUGUAUAUUAUUCAGCUUUUUUUUUUAUAUUGGGUGCUUUUUUUGCAUCCAAUAUUGUAUCAGUGGCAUUUAUUAGCUUCUCUUCAACCUUAGAAGGCACUGAGUUAGAUGUUCAUGAUUUGGUGGUUGACAGGAUAGAUAGGAAAUGAGAGGAAUAAACAACAUAUGCAAUUGACAUUUCAUUCUUGCCAUGCUUCAUUUUGUUUUCACAUGUAAAAUGAUAGAAAGUAGUGUAAAGUGGUUUUGUAAUCAUGUCUGGCUGGAACCCAUUGGACUUGCAUUGCUCCACUCCUUUUUUCAGCUAAAGUUUUGAAAGUAAAAUGACAGUUGUUUUUGCCACA